AACGAAAACCUCAGAACUCGACGUUGAAGCCAAGAUGCGCUCAACAAUUGACAUCUCGGGCAAGCCUGCCAAGAGGAAACGAAACAAUUCCGAGACAAAACCUUCGAAACGAGCACGAUCCGAAAGCUGCGAGGAAGAUGUCCAAGCCCAAAUUCUUCUGCUGGAAACCGAGAUUUUCGAGUCGAAGAAAAAUUACAAUAAUAUCACAGCAUUGAUCAAGUUGCUUCGAGAUGAUGAUGAAGACCCAGAAAACUCAGUUGUUGCGGCAAUUUCUUUAUGCCGAGUAUUUACAAGAUUAAUGGUGUCCGGAGACAUGGCGAAAAGAGAGGGAACAAGUGAGAAGGAAGUUGUGGUCGUCGAAUGGGUGAGAGAACGCUAUUCGGAGUACAAAAUGGCAAUACUGGCGUUGCUAGGAGAAGAAGGCAUUUCCUCAACAGCAUUGAGUCUGUGUAUGAGACUAUUGAAGACCGAGGGUCAGCAUCUUCACAACAGCAAGGAAUACAACUUUCCCACCAAAUUUUUGAUGGCCAUUGUACGGGUAUUGCUGAAGCCCGGGUCGGAUGGAAGCACACGAAAAGAGUUCGGCGAAAAGUAUGUGGAGGAGAGUGAUGAUGUUCGAUUCUAUACUUUAGAGGCUAUUGAGAAAAUUCUCGUCGAAGCGCCAACUCAGACUUCCGAGCCCGCCCUUCUAGACAAUGCUCUAGAAAUCCUCACUGCGAUUGAAUCAGUCCCAGAAUCCAAAGAUGAGCUUGAGGACUUUUACAUACCUGCGCCGAAAAAGACUACACACGCUCUAUUCUCCCUCUCCCAACACAAAAGACGUGCACAAGGAGCUUGGUUAGCUUUGAUGAACCUGCAAAUGGGCAAGGAGCAAAGGAAGACAAUUUUAAGGCUCACGGCGACUUCGAUUGCACCGUGGUUUCUCAAACCCGAGCUGUUAAUGGAUUUUUUAACCGAUUCCUAUGAUGCUGGUGGAUCCAUGUCUCUUCUGGCACUCUCAGGCGUAUUUUACCUAAUCCAGGAGAAGAAUUUGGAUUACCCCUCCUUUUAUCGGAAGUUGUACUCAUUGCUUGAAUCGGAAAUAUUGCACUCGAAACACCGUUCGAGAUUCCUCCGCCUAAUGGAUACUUUCCUAGCAUCGACUCAUUUGCCAGCCGUUCUUGUGGCCAGUUUCAUCAAGAGACUUUCACGCCUGAUGCUCAACGCCCCGCCGGGAGGUGUUGUUGCUGUUGUCCCAUGGAUUUACAACCUGUUCAAGAAGCAUCCGACCUGUACUUUUAUGAUUCAUCGAGAGGCUACGACCGCUGAAGCAAGAGAGAAUCUUGAAAAUGAGGGUAUGGAUGACCCCUUUCUCCCGGAUGAAGAAGACCCCAUGAAGACGCAUGCUAUUGAAAGCAGUCUAUGGGAAGUAGUUAUGCUUCAGUCGCAUUAUCAUCCUAAUGUGGCAACUUUGGCGAAGAUCAUUUCAGAGCAGUUCACGAAGCAAUCGUACAACUUGGAGGACUUUCUAGAUCACUCAUACGGAAGCAUGCUUGAAGCCGAAAGUGCGAAAGACGUGAAGAAAGUACCCGUUAUUGAAUAUGAGAUACCCAAGAAGAUUUUCAUGAAGCAAGAUGCUGCGUCUGGGGCUGACGACACCUUACUGGUGAAGCUUUGGGACUUUAGUUAGAUCCGCAUAGAAACGAGAUCCUUCUUCCUUCUAUAUUUUCUUGUGUUCGUUCGUAUUGUGUAAAUUAGCUAUCAUCAUGAUUGUGAAGGAGCAAUCAAGAAGGAGCAAAGAAUCUUCGAAUCCGAGCCUACUGGGGCAGGUCUUAUUAGAAAAGGGGGGAUUUGGCGAGCUCGCACUUCAAGAUCUGUUGCACUAGACGGCAACCCCGAGCACGAAUACCAUCUGGUACAACAGAGUUUCCCCG